AUGUCUCUCACGCCUGUUGACAUUCUACCCUUCGUCACCCCGGUGACAGACCCCACCAUCUCUGAGAUGGACUUCUCCGUCGCUGUCGACGACUGGAACGAGAGCCUCUCUCGUAUCCUCAAGCACAACACUAAGGCCUUCUGGACAGAGCUCCUCCAGAACCAGUCCCUCUCCCGCUUCCUCAAUUCCUUCCUGGGCGAGUACGCCUCCUUCCGUGGCAACAAGGGCGAUAUCUGGAUCAUGGAACUCGAGGAGGUCGUGCGCAGGGUCUUCAUGAUCUAUCACCGGAUAGCCGAGUCUAUGACUGACAACCAGGUCACUACCCUCAUCAACGAGACCCAACCCAUUGCCUCCCUGGGAUUUGACGAUGCAGGAUCAGCACUCUUGGAUACUGGACUUGUCUCGACGUCGGUUCUCAUGGAUCUGGCCGGCAUCUAUGGCAGUUCCGAUCCGGAGGGUGUCUCCAAGAUGGUCAGCACCUUUCUGCAAAACACCCCCAGCCUGAUUGGCGACUUUCGAACCUCCACCGGUACCGUCGUCCAGAUCAUUCGCCGUGUCCAGAAAAAGUUUGAAAAGGGCAUAACCGGAGGAUCAGGAGGUUCUGGAGCAGGCAAGGGAAAGGGUAAAGGCAAGAGCGUCUCUCCUGCCGUACCAGCAUCACCUGAGCCAAGCACGCCGGAACAGGAUGAGGAAAAGAGGACAGAGGCCUUCCAGUACGCAAGUGCUCUCGCCAACGUCGCCUAUGCCAUCGACUCCAUCUCGGCUGUGAGCCCAACGUUAGCGACCGAGCUCCACCAACACGCCGCCUUUAUGCAGUGUCUCUUUGGCUGCUACAACUAUACCCUGCCCAUCCUCACUAAGGUCCUGAUCGAGAGCACCACCGGAGGCGAGUUCAGAUCCCAGGCUGUUUUGAACUUUUUGCGGCUAAAGAUGCUGUCGAUCGUUAGCAACAUUCUCGAGAGUAUUGUCAAAGAUCACCAGCAGACCGUGGGCGACGACGAGGACGACGAGGAUUCGAUGGCAGCCUUGACCGACACCAUCUGCAGAUUGGUUGCUGAUCUGGAUGAACAGUCGCCCUUGCAGGAAGACAUGGUGCCGAUGUUUGACGCGCCCAUCAUUCUGGAUCUGGAGAUUCAGUUCAGUUUGUCGGAAAUGUUGUCGAAGUGGAUCACGGACGUUUUCCACGGGGAGAACGACCGGAUCGCUUUCUGGGUCGAGAAACUGCGGAACCUGCUGAGUUUCAAUCCAGCAACGAUAUCCUUUUUGGACGAGCACAACAUGCGUAAGUCGGAGAAGAUGGCCAGGGCCAUGUCGCACUUGUACAUCAACGAGGAGAAGAGCCGGUCAGGAUCGACCAUUCACACUGGAUCGUAUAUGGCAACUCCUCCACCACUUCCUGCGAGGAAUGCCGCGCAGGAGGAAGACUAUGUCAAGCGGACGCUGCUUGUUUCACAGUUGCAGGACUUGUUUCCGGACCUUGGCGACGGUUUCUUGGAGGCAUGUCUUAUCUCCUUCAAGGAUGAUCCCGAGUCUGUGACCAUGCACCUCUUGGAGGAGGACCUUCCCAGCGAUCUCGCUACCAUGGAUCGUUCCACUGUCAGAGCGCCUCAGCAGACUGCCCCUGACUCGAUGGCACUUGUCCAAGUACCGAGUCACGAUAAUGUGGAAGAGCAGGAUGUUCUGUCUACUCGUCGCAACAUCUUUGACGGAGACGAGUUUGACAUGUUCUCAGGAAACCAAGUCGACAAAACCAAGAUGUACCGUGGCAAGAAGGGUCCCAAGGAUGUGGAGGUGGUGCUGGAUGACAAGGAGUUUGUGACACAGCACAAGAGCGCAAUCAUGAAGGCAGUCGAGAGCAUGUAUGACGACGAAUACGACGACACUUAUGAUUCCAUGGGACUCACCAACAAUACCCAGACCAGCUUUAAGUUGGUUGAUGCCGUCAACGAGGACGAAAGCAACAACACUCAACCUCAGCAACUGGCAAGUUCACUGUCAUGUUACAUUGCCAACAAGGAUGUUUUCAACCGCAACGGAGAGGCUCGUCGAUCCAAGAAGAGACAGGAGCUCCGCAACUUGACCAAAAUGACUGAUGAACAACUUGAAGGCUGGGCCAUCAUGUUCGGUCGCAACCCAAGGAAGGACGCAAUUGCUCAAAAGUACGAGUUCAGCGGACAGCAGACAGAAUUGGAGGGCGCCGAUCCAGUGGACAAGCGUCGUGGAGGCCGUUUGCCAUUUGUCGAUCGUAAUGCAUCCUCCAGCCCACAACCCCGUCAACAACAACAACAGCAGCAGCAGCAGAAGCAGCAGUCAGGAAGUGGCGGUGGCAAGCCAUCGAAUGGACCCAAGAAACCUCAGCAGCCUAAGCAGCAGCAGUCUGGAUCAUCACCACAGCAGCCUCAGCAGCAACAGCAGAGGCAGCAGACACAGGCACCAAAGACUGCGCCAUCAGAACGGGAUAAGGUCAAGAACGAGCGUCAAAAGUCGUCCAAGGCUAAUCAUAAUCGCCGUAAUGCGCAUGCCAAGAAGAUGGCUACCAUGAACCCAUAG